AUGCGCCUUCACCAGCGUUCCGGGAAGCACAAGGAUGCGCUUCACAACCAGAAGUUAGCUCUGGCGAAGGUGAAGAGCCAACAGCGCAUCAAGGAUCUCCCUCAAGCACGGGAUCUAGAGCACGAGCAAGUGCAGGCACUCCUGGAGACGCUCUUCUUCAUUGCCAAGACAGACGCACCCAUCGAGAUGUACGGCUUCCAGAAGCUUGUCGAAGCUUCUGCGACCUAUCUCCGAGCCCAACAGCGCGAGUACAUUGAUUCAAGCCCCUUCAUCGGCGUGACGUCGAGUGCGGGGAGGAGGAGGUAG